AUUUUUGACGUAAACAAAAGCUUUUAUUUUGAAACCGGAACUUCUGUUCAGUAACCGUGCGGACCGGAAGUUCCUCCACUCUGUGGGGACUGAGAGGCAGCGAGGGAACCGGAGAACGAGCCGGAGAACAAGCCGGAGAACAAACCGAAGAACAAGCCGGAGAACAAACCGGAGAACAAAAAGGUUCAGGACUCGGUUUCCUGCGAGCUUCAGCCGGAAACCGUCGCCUCCGAACCGGAAGUGGUCGCUCGGAGUGGAGCAGUAAAGAUGGCGGCUCCGGCUGACGGGGUGCAGGAGAAGGUUCUGCAGUAUGAGACCUUCAUCAGCGACGUGCUGAGGACAGACCUGCAGAGAGUGUUGGAGCAGAGAGAUGGAGUUUAUGAGAAAAUCGCCCAGUAUCUCCAGCUAAAAAACACCAUCGAGUGCCUGCAGUCUGGAUCCCAGCAGCUGAAGACUGAAGUGGAUCUGGGUUGUAACUUCCACGUCCAGGCUCAUGUGGAGGAUGCGUCCAGGAUCUUUGUGGCGGUGGGUUACGGGUUCUUCGUGGAGAUGACACACGACGAGGCUCUGCGCUUCAUCGACAAGAAGACCAGGCAGCUCACCGCCUUCACAGAGCUGUUGACCAAAGACUCGGCCAAGAUUAAAGCCAACAUCCGCAUGGUGCUGGAGGGUCUGCGGGAGCUGCAGGGGCUGAGCGACGAGCCGGACAGCAGAGGAAGAGAUGUUUUGUAGUCCUCCAGGUGUUGGAGUCUGCAGGAGCCGGACAGGAGCCGGCGAGGUCGAGCUGGACCGGCAGCGUCUCCGUUUGACUGAGCUCUGUCCUGCAGUGCGAGCUGAAUGUGAGGGACGUUUUCUGGAUAAUUAUGUUUUUUUGUGUUGGAAAAGAAGCUGAGGAGCCACUGUGUGUUUGAUCGACAGACAAACUCCAGACCGAGUGAUUCCUCUUCAUCAAGUCCAGCUGCAGAGAGGAUAAAACAGGAAGUGACUUAUCCAAACUAAGAGCAUGUGUCAGACUCUGAGAAAUUCAGUCGUAUAAACAUUUUUGACUGGUUUCUCUCUCUCUGUGUGUGUGUGUGUGUGUGUGUGUGUGUGUGUGUGUGUGUGUGUGUGUGUGUGUGUGUGUGUGUGAGGUUGAAGAUGUUUUCUAUGUGGUGUUGUGAGGCGUUUAGGUUCUGUUUGAUCGUCAAAUCUCAAAAAACAAAGAACCAAUAAAAAUAAACUGUUUCUGAUAA